AUGCCUGAAGACAACCAAGCUGGUAGCAAUCCUCCUCCUUCCGAUGCCGGAGAGGCCUCUGAUAGUUACAGUACCAUCGUAGUCAGUUUGACCGGAGGUUCUAGUCAGCGUCGCCGAAGGGGAGAUAGGAGGGCCUCCGAUUCUGAUUCCGAGUACCGGAACCCCAACGUUGAUGCUGGUCUCAACAAUACAGCAGCCGGAUAUGACCUUGACCUCAAGGGUGGGGUACCCCUGGAUCAGCAGCUCAGCGUCAUGACCGCUCAUAUCAAUGACAUUUUAAGGCAGAAUCAUGAAGAGAUGACACAAGAGGAAAGGAGGCAGUUUGUCAAGAGCACAGUGGAGCUCUCCUUGCAAAGCGCUGGCCUCGAGGGAUGCGAGGUUGAUUUCAACUUCGGCCCACCUGGUCAAGAAGGAGCCGAUGGAGGGGAAUGGACAGCACGAGCCAGUAAUCAGACGACGACAAGUUAUUCAUCGAUUGUCAUUAGUCCGACUGGAGCGAAAUCAAGCCCUCCCAGCAAACAAGACGACAGUGACACUCCGGAAGAGCAGCCCCAGUAA